AUGGCUGCGGCAAAGACAGGAGCAUCCGCUUCAAUUAUUCUACCCACUGCACAACCUCGACCUACUCAUAGAUUCCCGCCAUAUUUUCCAGCGAUUUCACCGCGCCCGUUAGUUGGAGGCAUGCCCGCAGCACCGACUGAAUCGCGGAGUAGUAUGUUGUAUAGCACUACAUCUGUAGAGCAAAAUGAGGAGGAGUCUCUUGAUGAAGCAUCUAGGAUGCUUCAAGAUGGAAGAGGGAGGCUACUCUAUCUUGGCGAUUCGGCCUCUCUUUCGUAUCUGGAUACAAUAAGAAGGCUCGUUGAAAGAACUGUUGGUGUAUCUAGAUUCACUAGCGAUCCUCACAAGCACAGCUUGCUUGAACUAUCAAUCUCGGCCGGACUGAAAGCGACGCACGUCCUUCCCGAUCGAGAAACGGCCGAAUUUCUCAUCGACUCUUUUUUCUCCAAUACAAUUGGCAUUAUGCAGAUUUUGGACAGGGAUGCUUUCAUUGAUGAAGUCGCUUCAAUAUAUGGCAACCCCCUACAAGCGGAGCAACCGCGUGUUUGCCUACUAAAUCUUGUAUUUGCUGUAGGACUGCAAAUGUGCCAGAGUUCCGUUGCGCAUAGCUUCCGGGAAAGCCAAAUUUUGAAGCGGCUCGGUCCAGAUCUCACAGAGCGGGCAAAAAUAUUCUAUCUCAAUGCCGCCCAUUUUAAUGAUCCUGUUUCGGGCUUUGAGGAUGGAGAUAUUACGUCAAUUCAAGCACUGUUGCUUAUCACACUCUUUAUGCUCACGAUUGCGAAGAGAAAUGCUGCCUGGGCAUAUUUUGGCAUGGCUGUUCGUUCCGCAUAUGCUCUUGGUUUGCACCGAAAAAACGCAUCACUGGGGUUUUCAAGCGCCGAGCAGCGUGUGAGGAGAAAUUUAUGGGGAAGUAUGUAUAUACUGGACUGUUUUCUCUCAGCGUCGUUAGGCAGACCAAACGGCAUUCAUCACCGCGAUGCGGCGGAUAUCUUUGUCGAUGCUAAUAGGGACGAUCAGCCAAAUUCUGAGCUAGAGGUUGUCGAAAGGACUGCUCUUCGGGCUUCCGUUCGUGCUGCCCGUUUACUGGGAGAGAUUUUGAGCAGUGUAUAUGCUGAGCGCAAAAUAUCAGUGAAAUUUGUUCAAAAAUGCUCCAAACAAUUUCAGGACUGGAAAGAUGUUUUACCAGCUGCUCUCCAUUGGCGUAACAUAUCUCUGCCCAACGAAGACCCCCGUACAACCCUUGCACAGCUGCAUGUUAAUUUAUAUUACUUUCAUGGGGUUAUUCUUCUCACGCGACCUUUCCUAUUACAAAAGAUAUUGAGCCAUGCGCAGUACUCAAAAAUCUCCAACGAUAAUACAAAUCUAUCAGAGGCAGCAAAGGGGUCAGCAGGCCCUUCUGCACAUACAGAUUCUUUCUCGGCAGCUUGUGUUCGUGCUGCAUCGUAUAGCAUUGAUAUCGUUCAGUCAGCUAUCCUUAAACGAACGCUUCCGCGCCGGGAUCCAUUUGUAAUCUACUGGCUUUUUACUGCUAGCCUGAUACUAUUCUCGAACGUAUUUUGUCCCGUGUGCGAUGAUGUUGAUAGUAGCCAGGCCAUGGAAACUUCUCUUGAUUUGCAUCGCUACCUCGCAGAAACCGACCCACUGGCUCAACGAUAUCUUGAGAUAUUGACUUCAUUCCAUGAAGCGAUCGGCGGUGUUUCUGGAUUGCGGAUGACUACUUCUUCCGCGAGAGAUACAAAUGUAACAAUACUCUCUAAUUUCUUUGGGGAACAGCCUCGGAUAAGUGCCGCCAACCCUUCCUCAACAAACAUGCCGAUGAUGGGUAAUACGAAUCGAUAUUCGUUGCAUGACAGUCAAGGGUUUCCCGCCAACAACACUCCGCGGUCAGCUGAAAUACAGCCUGGAAAUAGCGGACAUGAUAUGUUCCAAAUGAGCCCGAAUAUGAGUGUUACCGAAAUAUCACCCCCAGACUACUCGCUCGAUUUUGAUAACUUCCUAAGCCUUGUUGAUCAGGUUGACGGACAGGCUCACAUGGAGACAGUAUUAGAUGGCACAGCGACUUUUCUGCCCGCUAAUGGCCUAUAA